AUGGACUUGGGCAAGGGGAAGCCCACGUCCACCUGUACCAAUUGUAAGAAGAGGAAGGUCAAAUGUGAUCGCCGGGUUCCUUGUGGCGCAUGUAUUAAGAUCAAGAGUGGAUUCUCCUGUCACUAUGAGACCAAAUGGAAGAGUAUUAGUUUUAAUGGUGGUGAAGGAGAUUCCUCAGAUGUAGUUCACAAUAACAAUAAUCUUAAUAACAAUUUUAAUAAUAAAAAUAAUAAUAAUAAUGAUAACCAUGAUCCAGCCUAUGCAAAUGAAUUGACUAUAUUGAAAAGCCGACUAAAGGAGUUGGAGUCGUCUUUAGAGUCCCUUGCAAGUCAUAAACAAUCAGCCGGAGACACCAAAAAUUCAGUAGGUCCAGCACCAAGAUGUUCUUCUGUUAGCGCUAGUGGGGCUGCCUAUACUCCAACCAAAACAAUUGGUGAAGGGAGUACUUCCUUAUUAGGUGCCAUUGACUACUCCUACGUUUCAAAUCCUUACUUGUUAAAUCCUCGUGACGAAGACGCGGCAGUAAUCAACUUCUAUGAAGGGUACACUUCCAUACAAGUUAGAAGUGCCAAUAGACGUCAUAACCUUGGUCCGUUGACGUGGUCUUGUACUAUGAGGAAAGAUCCUUGGAUCAAUAUGAUAUAUGAUAUCAUUACUCCGGCCCGAGGGAAGCUGGAGCUCUUAUUGGGAAGAAACCCGCCUACGAUAUCAAAGAAGAACACCACGCUUCUCACAACUCAUGAUGACGAUGAUCCUAGAAACGAAAAGACAUUCGAGAGGAUCCAGUUGGAGACGGAAGGUUAUGACGAAGUGGUUCCUUUGAAGGACAUUGGAGCAAAGUCAAGCAAUAAGAAAGGUAGUCACAGAGAAGUAACAUCAGGAGUAGCAUCAGGAGUAUCAGGAGGAGUAUCAGGAGGAGCAUCAGGAGAAGCACCAGGAGGAGCAUCAGGAGAAGCACCAGAAGGAGCAGCUGGAGGAGCAGCUGGAGGUAAUGGACUAGAUGAAACAAGAGAAAGAGAAGGUCAUAAUACGGAUGGCCCAAGAACCAAAAAACCCAAGGUAUUAAAUGUCACUAGUAUAACGCUUGCCAAAACGUUGUUUGAUGGAAGAUUUGAUCCCGAGCUUCGAUUGGUUGAACAAAUUCAAACCAUACUCCCAGUUAAAAGAGUCAUUUGGUCACUUAUAGGACGUUUUUUCAAGGUAUUGUACCCCUUCUAUCCAUUUUUGGAUGAGAUUGAUUUUAGAAGUAGAUUAAGUGCAAUUAUAGGUGCUGAAUCCUUUGAAGAAGAGAAAGUAAAGGAGCUUAAAAUCGAGUACCGAUUAGAUUUGGCAUUAAUGGCUACUUUGCUUGUGGUAUUAAGGUUGACAUAUUUGUCCUUGUUCUCCAAUAGAGACUGUAACAACAGCUAUAUCAUGAACUGUACUCCUACGGAUCCAGAAGAGGAAGAGAAGAAGUAUCUUUUAUCGAAUCCAAUCAAUGUUGUUGCCAUAAACGUUGCCCAUGCUUGUCUAUGUUGCUUUCAAAUCAGUGUUCGAACUAACUUGACGGUUUUCCAGGCUACAUUAUUGUUAAGACUAUAUCGGACUUUAGGUCCGGAGGAAGGAGAUAGAUUUGAUGGUGGUGAGCUGCAAUUUUCAACAGCAAUGCUUGUACAAAUGGGUUAUUCACUUGGGUUACAUCGUGAACCUGACAAUUUCCCUGAUCUUCGUAUUGAUGAACGUACCAACCAUUUGACCAGAAAGUUGUGGUAUUUCUUGAUUCUGUCAGAUUUACUUAAUGCCUUUAAUUCUGGGAACCCCACGUUGAUUGACGUUAAACACUAUGACACCAAAGAACCCGUUGCAACCCGUACGAAUUCGUCCUUGGAUGAUUUCGCUCUAGAAGAAUCAGCAGUAGACACAUUGAAAUGGUUAGAUGUUUCACUUUCUUCCAUUGGGAAAAUCCUAGAUGUCAUAGUUGACAUUCGAAAGUAUUCCUCCAUAAAUUAUUUGACCGAGGCAUUGAAUAACAUUGAACAAGUUUUACGACUUGAUUUCCAAGUUUCAAGAAGAGUUCCAAGGUUUGAUACUGAACAAACAUCAUCAACAACAAAAUAUACAGAUGUUAUCAAGACAAAAGUUUUCCUCACGUUGUAUUGUUCCUUGAUCACGAUCUAUGUCCACCUAUAUUUAUACUACGAGAGGCAAUCCAAGUUUGACUAUUCAUUCUUCUAUUUAAAGAAACUACUUUACAUUAUCCAGGAGCUAAUAGUCCCACUAAUCUUUGAGGUCUUACUUGGACGAUUCAAUGAAAGUGGCUUGAUCUUGAACCCCAUUUUAUUACUUGCAAUCCACAAGUGCAACCAAGUGAUUCUCUCGUGUUAUGCGAGAGUGAACUAUGUGAAAUAUGCAAAGGAAAAGAAUAAGAACCACCAAAAAAACAUGGACAACAAUUUACAGUAUCGUCAAUCAUAUGAGAAAUAUCGUGGCUUAUCGAGUAAACUCGAAGCCGUUGGGUCGUUGAUACUUUCCAUUAUCCUGAAGCUUAGUUCGAGGUACUAUUACGCUUGGCGCAUACAGAAGGCUCAUCGGAUCUUGUUUAAAAAUUAUUCAGGGACAUUGUUGUACCAGAAGGUUACAAAGACUGCCAAAACAUUACAUUCGUUUCAAUUUACGUCGACGCAAUUGGAAGAGUUUGAUAGUAUCUUGAAUACGCUUAUGCAAUGGUUGAAGUAUAUCGAUGAGUAUCGAGACAAUCAUACGAAGCUUCCUCGGUUUAUUGACGAGAACUACGAUUACGAGUUUGCGGAACGCAAAUACCCUGAGGCAGAUGCAUCGACGUCUUCUUUAAGAUCCGAAGAUUCAUGUGCAACAGAUCCCGCAUAUGUCGACCAAAUUUCGUCAAUGCAAGAAAUGUUGGGGGUUGGAAGCGUUGUAUCAGCUGCACAAGUAUAUGGUAUCUUCACAAACAUCGCAAAUAUCCAUUGGGACAAUGCAGGUGGAUACCCUUAUAGUUUACCUCAAAAUCCAAGUUGGGUAACUACUUUAGAUUGGAAUAUUCAAGGUUCUCAAGUGAACGCAGGCGACACUUUCUCUCUUAGACUCCCAUGUGUGUUCAAGUUUACGACUCUGUCCAAAACUAUACUGCUUACAGCAGGUGGGAAAACAUUUGCUACAUGUGAUCUCAGUAACGGGGAGUUAAUUGUAUCAUUCUCCGAGAUAUCUUGUACUAUAAGUCCUGGUGUCACAGCCAACACUAUUGCAUCAGGUACUGUUACAUUCCCCCUUAGUUUUGGUGUCGGUGGAGGUGCAGGCGAUGUCAGUUUACAAUAUUCCACGUGUUUCCACGCCGGCACCAAUCAAUUGUCUUGGACCGAUGGUCAAAACACUUUAACUUAUGAUAUCGAUUUCGAAGGUGGUUACGAUUUUGGUAGUACUUCCGAUGGAAUUAUAGCAAUAAAACUGCUUCCUUCCAUGAACCAAUUUCAGUUUUUCUACACUGCGGCGCAAUGCAACAACGGGUACAUAUCCGGCCGAUUUGGAUUUUCCGUCACAAACGCAGCCUUGGAUUGUUCUACCAUACAGGCAAGGAUGUCAAAUGCAUGGAACGAUUUCUACAGUAACACAAACGAAGCAAAUAAUUUUGCCUAUAACAUUGAUUGUACUUCAAGGCAUAUUUAUGUUACUUAUCAAAAUGUUCCUGCUGGUUACAAGCCCUUCUUUGAUAUCCUCGGUACCCCAUCUGGCGGUCAGAUGCUGACAUCAUUCACAAACACUUACUUUUGUGUCGGAGAUUACUGGAGUCACGAUUACAGCAUGGUAUACAACUGGGGUAACUAUCAAAACUCAGGGGUCAAUGGCAAAGGUAACUAUGUCAUCACUAGCACCUGGACCGGAUCUACCACUAUGCUUAGUACCAUCCCUGGUAACACCCAAACAACCAUUGUGGUCAAUGUUCCUUCCAGUAGCACUACCACUACAAAAACCUGGUCCAAUAGUUAUACUUCAACCACGACUGCUUCUGGUACUGACGGUACCCAAACAAUUAUCGUAGAAGUUCCUACCCCUGCGACAACAGAAACAACAACAUGGACCAAUAGUUACACGUCGACUACCACCACUAAAGGUACUGAUGGCACUCAAACAAUAAUUGUCGAAGUCCCAACUCCAGUUACAUCAAUUACAUCCACAUGGACUGGAUCGUUUACUACAACCACCACUGCAACUGGCUCUGACGGUACUGAAACUGUGAUCAUCGUAGUCCCAACUCCAGUCACAUCAACCACAUCUACCUGGUCAGAAACUUAUACUUCUACAACUACUGCAACCGGAUCUGACGGUACUGAAACUGUGAUCAUCGAAGUGCCAACUCCAGUCACAUCAACCACAUCUACCUGGUCAGAAACUUAUACUUCUACCACCACUGCCACUGGCUCUGAUGGUACUGAGACCGUGAUCAUUGAAGUUCCAACUCCAAUGACAUCAACCACAUCUACCUGGUCAGAAACUUAUACUUCUACAACUACUGCAACCGGAUCUGACGGUACUGAAACUGUGAUCAUCGAAGUGCCAACUCCAGUCACAUCAACCACAUCGACAUGGACUGGAUCGUUUACUACAACCACCACUGCUACUGGCUCUGAUGGUACUGAAACUGUGAUCAUCGUAGUCCCAACUCCAGUGACAUCAACCACAUCUACCUGGUCAGAAACGUAUACUUCUACCACCACUGCCACUGGCUCUGAUGGUACUGAGACCGUGAUCAUUGAAGUUCCAACUCCAAUGACAUCAACCACAUCUACCUGGUCAGAAACUUAUACUUCUACAACUACUGCCACCGGCUCUGACGGUACUGAAACUGUGAUCAUCGAAGUGCCAACUCCAGUGACAUCAACCACAUCUACCUGGUCAGAAACGUAUACUUCUACCACCACUGCCACUGGCUCUGAUGGUACUGAGACCGUGAUCAUUGAAGUUCCAACUCCAAUGACAUCAAUCACAUCUACCUGGAGUGAGACUUACACCUCUACCACCACUGCCACUGGCUCUGAUGGUACUGAAACUGUGAUCAUCGUAGUCCCAACUCCAGUGACAUCAACCACAUCUACCUGGUCAGAAACGUAUACUUCUACCACCACUGCGACCGGAUCUGAUGGUACUGAGACCGUGAUCAUUGAAGUUCCAACUCCAGUGACAUCAACCACAUCUACCUGGUCAGAAACUUAUACUUCUACAACUACUGCAACCGGAUCUGACGGUACUGAAACUGUGAUCAUCGAAGUGCCAACUCCAGUCACAUCAACCACAUCUACCUGGUCAGAAACUUAUACUUCUACCACCACUGCCACUGGCUCUGAUGGUACUGAGACCGUGAUCAUUGAAGUUCCAACUCCAAUGACAUCAACCACAUCUACCUGGUCAGAAACUUAUACUUCUACAACUACUGCAACCGGAUCUGACGGUACCGAAACAGUCAUCGUCGAAGUUCCAACUCCAGUUACCUCAACCACAUCUACCUGGUCAGAAACGUAUACUUCUACAACUACUGCAACCGGAUCUGACGGUACUGAAACUGUGAUCAUCGAAGUGCCAACUCCAGUCACAUCAACCACAUCUACCUGGUCAGAAACUUAUACUUCUACAACUACUGCAACCGGAUCUGACGGUACUGAAACUGUGAUCAUCGAAGUGCCAACUCCAGUCACAUCAACCACAUCGACAUGGACUGGAUCGUUUACUACAACCACCACUGCUACUGGCUCUGAUGGUACUGAAACUGUGAUCAUCGUAGUCCCAACUCCAGUGACAUCAACCACGUCGACAUGGACUGGAUCGUUUACUUAUACCACCACUGCCACUGGCUCUGAUGGUACUGAGACCGUGAUCAUUGAAGUUCCAACUCCAGUUACAUCAACCACAUCUACCUGGAGUGAGACUUACACCUCUACCACCACUGCCAUCGGCUCUGACGGUACUGAAACCGUGAUCAUCGAAGUGCCAACUCCAGUCACAUCAACCACAUCGACAUGGACUGGAUCGUUUACUACAACCACCACUGCUACUGGCUCUGAUGGUACUGAAACUGUGAUCAUCGUAGUCCCAACUCCAGUGACAUCAACCACAUCUACCUGGUCAGAAACGUAUACUUCUACCACCACUGCGACCGGAUCUGAUGGUACUGAGACCGUGAUCAUUGAAGUUCCAACUCCAAUGACAUCAACCACAUCUACCUGGUCAGAAACGUAUACUUCUACCACUACUGCAACCGGAUCUGACGGUACUGAAACUGUGAUCAUCGAAGUGCCAACUCCAGUCACAUCAACCACAUCUACCUGGUCAGAAACGUAUACUUCUACCACCACUGCCACUGGCUCUGACGGUACUGAGACCGUGAUCAUUGAAGUUCCAACUCCAGUUACAUCAACCACAUCUACCUGGUCAGAGACGUAUACUUCUACCACCACUGCCACUGGCUCUGAUGGUACUGAGACCGUGAUCAUUGAAGUUCCAACUCCAGUGACAUCAUUCACCUCUACCUGGAGUGAGACUUACACUUCUACCACCACUGCCACUGGCUCUGAUGGUACUGAAACAGUCAUCAUCGAAGUUCCAACUCCAGUUACAUCAACCACAUCUACCUGGAGUGAGACUUACACUUCUACCACUACUGCCACUGGCUUUGAUG